CACUCUCGAAAAACCUAACGCAGCAGCCGCCAUGGACGAAUCCGCGAACAAAGGUCUGGAAUCGGAGGGUAGCGGCGCAAAGAUUCCAAAAUCCAACCAUGUGUUAAGAUGGUCCGCGAGACCUAGGCCAGCAUACCUGGAGGAAAAAGAUGUGGAUUUGAACCCUAGUUAUGCAGGGAGCAGCCAUAUGUUUAGAUGGUCCGCGAGACCUAGGCCAGCAUACCUGGAGGAAAAAGAUGUGGAUUUGAACGCUAAUUAUGCAGGGAGCAGCAUUAUUAGCAGGAUGGUGGUCACGGGAUACGACACCUCCCCUCCUUUGAAUGAUAGUGUUGUGGAAAUGGCUCUGAAAAAACACUUUGCAUCAUUUGGAAUAAAGUUAAUACAUGCUUCUGUUCCCGUAGACAUGCACAGUCUUAUUCUCUGCAGUCACGCCUUAAUCUAUGUUUAUGAAGAAUUUGAAGCAGAUGUGUUGAAGCUUAGUGGAAGUGACAUGGGAGGAGGAUGUGUUUUAGAAAUUACGGCUUACCCUUUUGACAACGACAAUAGCAUUCACCAUGUCUUUGCUCAUCUCAAAUACGACUACCGACAGCGCACGUUGUCCAUUCAAGGAUUUGAUACUUCCCUUGAAGAAGAUGCUGUCGAGAAGAUGCUACGUGAGAUUAUCCCUUUAUCCAGUCCUAUAGUUGUCAAUGACGGUGUUCGCUGCACAGCUUUGCUUCAUCUCCGUGGACAAGAUUAUGUGGACAAGGCUCUGCAACUUAGCGGAGGUUCUUUGUUAGGCUCUAACAUUGCAGUUACUGAGGUCCUCCAAAAAAGACCGGCCCCGGCUGGCUUAUGUCCCGCAAGGAAGGUGGCUUUGGGCUGAUGAGGAAGAUUAAACCAAUUUUGUUUUGUUAAAAAGAUUAAAAUAGAUGUUAACAUUUUCUUUUUUUUUUAACGUCUAAUCUGAUCUUAUUAAUAUAUCGAUAUACAAGUAGAGUUAUAGAAUCUUUUACAAAACAAUGGAAUACAAAUUAUUACAUAAGCAGAAAUAUGCGACAUAUA